AUGAAUCCAGUAACAAAAGUUAGCAUACUGCUCAUCAUGACUCUCUGCCUUCUCUGCUCCAUAGAGGGUCUCAUCUGUAAUAUCUGUAAAAAUUCACAGAAUUCAAAAUGUAAAGAAAAUCAAAGCCGAUGCUAUGCACAACCUGGUGAAUCAUGUUAUAGCAAAUCAUACUAUUAUGGAACUAAACAUGUGCUCUCACAGCAAGGGUGCCGGUAUAAAUGCCACGACGGAGAAUUCAAAAAUGGACAAUCAUUGACUUACAUAAUGUGCUGUGAUAAAAACUUGUGUAAUAGUUUCUAG